AUGUCCUCUACCGGUACCACGGAUGGUGGUAGCUUGGGGAGCAGCUAUACGUCCAUUGGCAGCAGCAGCAUUAGUCAGCCUCAUCCGCGUAUUCCCAGUAUUCUUGUGGGACGAGAACGAGAAUUGGGGAUAGUAGAGGAGGCAUAUAUGAGUUCUGCCAGAGGUAGCGUAUGGAUUGGAGGGUCCUCGGGGAGUGGCAAGACGGCUCUGGUGGCUGAAUUCUGUCGACAACGGCGUCGUAAGGGCAAUGUGUUGGUAGCAAGAGGCAAAUGGGAUCAGUUGACCCGGACGUCCACUCCUUAUGCUGCCCUGGUGGAUGCCAUGAAGGAGCUGUGUCAACAAAUACAAGAGUGUGAGUGGAUGCCAUUGAUGAUGUCACGAUUAUUGGAACAAGAAGAAAUGGGGGCAACAGUGAGGAUUCUCUCCAGAUUUCUACCACAGUUGAAUGUCAUGAUGGUGGGGGAACAACACAAUCCACAAGAAACGCAACGGCAAACCUUGGACGACCAUCAGGGGGAAGGAGGGGAUGAGAAUAGUUUUACCGGCCUCAAGAUUGCCAUUCGAACAUUCCUGCUUUUGGUAACGAGCUACCAAUCUGUCAUGUUGGUAAUGGAUGACCUUCAAUGGGCCGAUGAAGCAACACUCCAAGUUCUUUCAUUUGUGCUACAGCAACCACAAACCAGUCAUCCACAUCAGUUGUUUCUUGUGGGGUGUUAUCGGUCCAAUGAAGUCCACAAGGAUAAUGCCCUGGAAGUUGCUCUGGCUCAGUUAGAUCCCCAAGCCUACACCCGCAUCCCGGAACUCCCCAAUCUCUCUCUAGAAGAUGUCAAUCUCCUUCUCUGCGAACGAUUACGAAUGGAACCAGAAGAUUCCGGACCAGCGCGACAACAACAACUCGCACUCGUCGUGCAUGACAAAACCCACGGCAAUCCAUUCUUUGUCUUGCAAUUCCUCGACGCCAUGAUGCAACGGGGAAUUCUCACAAAGUCCCUUCUCAACCACGGUUGUUGGCAAUGGGAUUGUCAAAGGCUACAAGCAGAAAUGGACUUGGCUGACAACGUCGUUGAGCUGGUCAUGCAAAACAUGCGGCGUUUGGACCCCGGCACACAACACUUUCUACACAUUGGCGCCUGUUUGGGGAAUCGAUUCGAUACAGACAUUGUCCGGCGAGCCAUACAUCAUGAUUCGAGCAAUAAUCAUGACAACAGCACUAUUUCCAAGGCGAUUCGCAGCGCCACAAAAGAGCAACUCAUUGAGAAGGUCGACCGUCAUCUGUAUCGAUUCAGUCAUGAUCGUAUUCAACAAGCAGCAUACCAGCUCAUCUCCACAGACAGCAAUGGCAUCAAGGGUGUUGAAUACUAUCACUAUCAGCUUGGAGUCAUUCUCAAAGACCUAUACUAUGAUCACGCAACAACGCCCGUGGAAUGGCACUUGUUGGUGGGAACCGAACAAUUGAAUCUAGGAAGAAAGGUCCUUUUGCAGCAACAUGAGAAUCAUUCCAAGAUAAUGGAACUGGUCCACAUGAACAUGCAAGCCGCUCGUGUGGUCAAGACCAAGUCGGCAUUCAUUCCAGCCGUCCAGUUUUUACGGACUGCAAUGGAGUUGUUAUCUAUACAAGAGGAUCGGGAACAAUCGAACAACGCAAACACAAGUUUGAUCAUUGAGGUACAACUCUUUCACGCGGAAAUGGAACUGGCAUCGGGAAAUGCCACAAUCUGCAAGACACUCCUCGAUGAACUGCUGUUGUCGACAUCGCAUGGCAACAGGGUCAUCAUGAUGUCCGUGGAGGACCAACUCGAAGCGUACAGCUUGCAAAUCAAAGCCUGCGAACGCGAAAACAAUCAUGCCGAAUCUUGCAAAGUGGCACGAAAAGCCCUCACGUUGGCCGGUAUCAAGGCGCCUAGAUUCCAUACCGGCCCGCUCAAAAUGCUUUGGUGCAUUGCCAAGUUGAACCAUCGGCUCCAAAAACUUUCGUUGGACGAGAUUGUGGAAAUCCCACGAACGGAUAGUAGAUUCCACGGUCUGGUGACGGACAUUGUGGCGCACAUGUCCAUUGCAUUUCACAACCUCGAGCAGAUGCCAUCCUUUGUCGUCACCAUCGUUCUCUUGGCCGAGUUGUGUCUCCGAUGGGGUCCUACGGCGGCGUCCACAGCGGCGUUUUCGGUCGUGGGUUCCGUCUUGGUGGGCAUCGGGGCGGUCGAACGAGGCAUCCAAGUGGGGCGGUUGGGAUUGGACAUUUUGAAUCGCUGGAAUUUCCAGGAAUCCGUAGCAGAACUGACCGUGGCGCACGGGUACUUUUUGAUGCACCUCCGACGACCGCUUCCCGAAAUGAUUGACGUCAUGAAGCGUGGGUACCAAUCUGGAAUGGCAUCGGGAAGGAUCUUUCAUGGUCACAUUUGCGCCUCGUGUUCCUUGCUGAUACGAUUCAUUUUAGCAGCGCAUCCGCUUUCCCUUUUGGCCGAGCACUGCAAGGCGAUUACUCAUGAAAUGAUCAAUUACCAGAGCAUGCUUCAGUACAUUGGUCUGAUGAGCCUUCGUCAACUCAUUGAGAAUCUCAUGACGAGAGACUGUCCUGAAGGAAGCCCGACAGCGACAACAAUAUCAACCCGCAGCAGAGAUAAAGCCACGUUGGAAGGAGCUGUAAUUCCAGACUUUGACGAGCACGAAGAGAAAGCGCAGCUUGAGCAUGGACCUCCUAGAAGGCUCACCCUGCUGUAUUACAUGAUGGCGGCCUAUCUAUUUGGGAAUUUGGAGCGUGGUCGGUACUUUGCCGAGAUGUUGCUGCAGGGAGAGAGUGAAUUUCCAAUGAUGCCAGCUAUGCUCUAUCCCUUCUUUCGAGGCAUGAUCUUUUUUGAUCUUGUGAUAAGUGGCCCCAGAAAGAAGAAGCGAUAUUAUCUGAGGCUUGCCAAAAAGGAACUUGCACAGCUGACGCAGUGGAAGAAGGCCGGCUUUAUCAACAUUGUUUCUUGCCAGCUGUUGUUGGAGGCCAAGUUGCUGUCCGUAACGACAAAGCCUCCCAAGAACUUACGAGCUGUUUCUCAAGCCUUCAACCAAGCCAUUGUGACUUCAUCGAGGACUGGGUUCUCUCUGUUUGCUGCCAUAGCCCACGAAAGUGCUGCCGAUUUCCUUUGGCAGUUGGAUCGCGUGCAAGCCAAGUUGCAUGUAGAAAAGUCACUGUUGCUCAUGAAAGAAUGGGGUGCCCUCGGGAGGGUGGACUUUUUGAUGCACAAAUACAACUUUCAUGGAGAGACAUCCAAGAUGGAUAGCUUUGUGAGCGGGACCUUCUUGUCUCGUCGCAAUUCUCUGCAGAUAGCCUCGCGCCAACACAGCGGUGUGAAUUGGAUCAUGAAAGAGCAACCAGAACCAUGA